AUGUCUGAAGAAAUUGACGAAAGCUUAGAAAACGAAUUCUCUAGUGAUGAAGAGGAGGUAGAGAUGACUGCUGCAGAUGUUCUUCAAAAGUUGGAGGAGGCAUGGCUAAAUGAGAAGUUCUCUCCCGACUUGCUUGAAAGUAAGGUUGAGAUUGUGGAGUGCAUGCUUGAGCAGCUUCAACAGAUGGAGGAGAACGUCAAACGAUGCAAGAAAGGAGAUUUUAGGAUUAUCGUCCACAGGAUGGAGAUUGAUAGAAUACGAUUCAUCUUGAGCAGUUACCUAAGGAUACGUUUGGCAAAGAUAGAGAAGUUUGUUCAUCAUAUUCUUCACAAGGAAUCAAUCAGAAGUCCAGAUGAACCAAAUAUGCUGUCACCAGAAGAAUUCACUUUUGCUAAAGAAUUUGCAGAGAGUUUAGAAACCCAUUCGAACACGGUUGUUCUGCGACAUAUGCCUCCAAAUCUACAAAACCUUGAUAAGCAAAAGUUAGUUCCUAAGCCAAACCUUGACAGCUAUGUGUUCCUGAGAGCGAAUGAGAAUCAAGAGCAGAUACUCAUAGAACCAGAACUAGAAGAUGAACAGAAUGCUGAAGUUGUUGACCUUGAUGCCGGUUCACAGUACAUCAUGAGAUAUCGACCAAUAGGAUCUCUUGUAGCCAGCGGAGCUGUUUCACUUAUAUGAGGGAGCUGUUGCCAUGGCAAUUAUUUUUUCCAAAACAUUUUUAAAGCAGACUGAGAAUUUUUCUCUCAUAUGAGAGAGCAGUUGCCACUAUACUGGUAUGUUUUCAGUACUUUUGUAGCACAUAGGUGCUGCAAACAUCACAAUGGAUUUGGUUGUCAUAUACAUUGCAAAGUAUUACUGAAAAUGGUUAUGCCAUGUCUUUUGUUACAAUGUAGCAAUGCUUCCAUUCAAGAAAUCCUUACAUCUGGGACUAAAGGCGACCAUUGAAACUUGUGACAGUUUGGUGCUGAUUAGAAUCAGUUGUCAUGGGAACUGUGAAGAAAAUGUGCCAUCGCACUUCUUUCUCUGAUGCUGCCUGUGCAAUGGAGAUCUACAAGGAAUGUGGCCGUAAUAGAAAGUCUGUCAUUGUGGGGUUACAGAAUUUCUUUUGCGUCUCCUUCAGUGGCGACCUCUUACAUUCACAAUAAUGACAAAAUCAAAAGCAAACUCAGCCCUAAUUAGAAAAAUAUGGGGCAGUGCAGAGUGGAAACUUGAUUUUCUAAGUAUUCAUCUGCCCCACAAUAUUGCUUGGCUUUCAAUACCUUUUUGAACAUUUACUGGUAUUUGGUAGGACUUCUGAUUAUGUCAACUCUAAAUAAUUAUUUGGUACCACAAAAUCGCAAGAAUGAAUGGACCACUAACUUUGCUUUUAAUAACAACCAUUGUAUUAGGGUUUAGAAGCCAGUCAAAAUCAAAAGGUGUCAUUAAAGUCCUUUUUCAGCUGGGACUGGGAGUCAAGUUAGUCAACUCUAUUCCAAGUCGCUGUGACUCGGAUUUCUGGAUUAAUUUUACUCAGAAUGAUGUGGCACCAACUGAGAGUCAAAUCAAUCCAAGUCAGAAUUAUCUGGUAAGAUAGAAACUCUGACUCCAACAAAGUUGACUCCCAGUGAACAUCAUUUCUGGGUCAGAUUUGACUCUGCUGAGGUAUAUAAUUGUCUCAGAUCUAAUUGUAACUAUCCCUCUUCAAAUAAAAUGAUGUGUGUACAGUUUAUUCUAAAUACAUGUAUAUAUAUUGACUUCAUGUGAAAAGUAACAAUAAAAUUGUUUACUUUUUGUAUAAUAUGUGUUUGUAUAGUCCUUGUUAUCAGUGUAGAUGAUUUAUACCAAUUCAACUUCUUUUUUUUUUUUUGGAGGGGGUGGCAUUUAGGACUGUACAUCAUCUUUAAAUACAAAAGUGUGUAGAAAAUAUUGUAGCUUUUUUCAGAAUGUAUUGCACAAAAGGCAUCAAGUGAUGCUACACUCACUCAGUGCUGUAAAUGUGGAACGUCUGGAUAAUUUAGUUGCAGAAAGGGGUCAAAAGAAUAUAAGAUACAACUGCUGAAUUUGCAAUUUGGUAACUUUACAGAUGUGUGUAAAGUGUAUAGAGCAGU